AUGACUUCUCGUGCUCUUAGUCAGUUUGAGAACUUUUAUCGGUGUCGAACGGCAAGUGAUUUUUACAAGAACUUUCAGGUUACUGCCAGUUAUUCUCAGGAUAUUACAUUCGAGCUCUUGUAUAAGGCAUUGCGGAAAACCGUACUAGAUUAUCAUAUAUUGGUUUGUAACAUCUUUCGUGACAAUGAUUGUUGUAUUUACAGACCUAUCGAACAUGCCUGGUUCAAGGACGUUGUUAUAGAAGAAGAUGAAGCCAAAUACUUGGUCAAUGGCAUCAUAACUGAAGACUAUAUGAAAAUGAUUAAUGAGAUCACUUUUCAGUUGUAUACUGAAACCCCAUUAUUUCGAGUGGUUGUGCUUGGAAAGAGACACUUGACCGUUGUUCUCGAGCACACCAUAGCUGAUGGGCUAGUUGGAAACUAUUUUCACGAGAUUUUGGUUGAGAAUCUUGCUUUUGUCGAUGAUCCAAAUAACGCACAGUUGCUCCAAAAUGAGUACAAUAUUGAACCAAUUGAGGAUGUAUGGCAAACCAGCAUCUUUGAUGCAAACAAAGAUGAGCCCAAGAACUCUCUUCCACCUCCGAUAGAUCCAUUCAUGGCGCCGGCUCACCUUGAUUAUACCUAUGGAGACAGUGAAUAUUUUGACAAGGUUCUUCCCGAAGGAUUUUCCAAAAAAUGGGAGGGUAUACUAGUUGCUUCUCGUGAAGCCAGGUUGUCUUUCAAAUUCAUUCAUUUUGAUCCACAACAGACCAAGCUUAUACUUGCAGCUUGCAAGAAAAAUGGAGUCACCGUAACUUCAUACUUGACAAUUACAUUGGCUGUGACAUUGAGUCCAUUGACAGACCAAACAUGCUACACCACCCACAAAGUUGCUACAGCUUUGCGGAGACAUAUCACACUUGAGAACAGUUUACCCAUCUAUAAACCCUUCUUCAAGGACCCCACAUACAAGAUUCUUGGGUCUUCCGCAAUUGGAUAUGCUAUUAAUCUUCCAUCGCUCGAUUCAUUUAGCUGGGAAUUGGUCAAGCAGGCGAACAAAAGCAUUGCUCUAGGUGCCUCCAAUAGAAGAGGACUCAACACGUCUUAUGGGUUUUUCCAGACCGCCAGCAUGGUGGAAGAUAAUCGGAGCUUCUUUGAGCUGGGUUUGGGAAAGCCAAAGGCCGAUACCGUCAAAGUGUCCAAUUUGGGACUUGUAAAGACACCAGAAUAUUUAUCAGGAGACAAAUCGUGGAGCAUUCGAGACCUCUAUUUUUCACAAGACGUUUCUCCUUCGGCAGCAGAAUUCCAGUUGAAUGCCAUAUCCACCAAGGACGGCUUGAACUUGGUAUUCAGCUACUUUGCUAAUAUUGAAGGUCUCCAUACGAAGUUGCAAAAGAAUAUUUUGGAGUUUGCACGAUAUGAAAAUUAG